AUGAAGAAGAAGAAAAAGAGCAUCGAUAAAAAAGCAUGGAAAGAUGCACUAAUCAACUUGGAAGAAUUAGAAAGAAACAAGUAUAGUCUGACAAGGGAUACAAUAAACGAAAGGCUUCGACCAGAGCCAGAAAUUAUUGAAAAUAUUUUAGAAGAAUUAGAAAACAAAAUAAGACAUUAUUUUAAUUUAUAUCAAAUAGAAAAAGAGAAAAGAACUUGUUCAGAAAAAAACAAUUACUUUUUACAGAAGGAAGUAUAUAAUGCAUAUGCGUCAUUAGAAAAAAAUAAAAUAUAUACGAAAAAACUGGAAGACAAGUUAAAUAAUAUAAAAGAAAAUCAAAAUUCUUUAAUUGACACAGUGCGUCGUAUCGAUUUGUUGUAUAUACAACUGGACACGUUAGUUCAGUCCUUUGCUGGUGUGUGUACGCAAGUAGUUGCAGAGUUAUGUGAAAGUAAUGGUACUAGCAAUACUAACAAUACUAAUAAUGCUAGUCCUUCUGCUACUGCUAAUUAUAAUAAUAGUGUAAGUGGUAGAAAAACAAACACAGGGAAGACAAUAAGAACGAUAAAAAUACUACUGGAUUAUAUAUACCCAUGUAGAACACUUGAUCCACGCAUUAACUCUCUAUAUGGAAUGUUAUACUAUCAAUCUGUUGGAUUGUUAAAAGACGGAAAAUUUACAAGUCCUCCUAUUCCUCCUUUACCUCCUGUAGUGUCAUCUGAAGCGGAUGGAUGGCUUCCUCCUUCUUCCUGUAAUAGUCCUAUCCAUUAUGAUCAUACUUACAAUAAUUAUGAACAUGGUCAUAACAAAAUGAAUCAAAGUAGUACAAUUCCUAUUGCAUCAGAAAAUAGUUUUUCGGAUUUGGUCAGAAAUAAUAAUAAUAUAAAUGGUAUUAAUAACACUGAAGAUGAAACUUUUUUUUCAAAAUAUGUCGAAGAAGAACAAAAUAAAUUGGAAAAAAUUCAAAAUGUAUAUAAUAGUGAUAGUAAUAACAUUACUAUUAUACCUCAAGAUUUACUAGGUUUCGAUAUAAAAGUGGGAAUGGUAGAAAUUAAAUAUGCAAAGAAAAAUCCUCGAAUAGUUUGUGUAGUAAGAUAUGAUAACGAAACACCAACAAAUGCAAUUCAAAAUAGUAAGCGAGUAACAAAACCUAAAGAACCAAAUGCCAUGACAAAUAUAGGGCAAUAUAUGUUCAAUAUUGAUAGUAAUAUUCAUUUGGACAUUCUACCACCGAAGACUCCAGGUAAUAUUCCUAGCUUCAUGAUAGAUAUUCAUGAUAUAACGGGUAGGAUGUUAAUAGGUACAUCUAUAUGUUCUUUUAUUAGCGAAAAGACAUUAAAAAAAGAUUCUUCAUGGGAUAUAUAUUCAAGAAUGGAUAAAACAAAACCAGAUAUCAUUGGUAAAAUAUAUGUAACUGUGUAUGCAUAUCCUAAUAAUGCAAUUCUACCAGCAGAAAUAUUUAAAAAUGCUAAACGUUAUACAUUCCCUUCGUAUAUUUCAAGUGCAAGCAAGUCAAAAACAUUACUAUCAAAUGGUACUCAUAAAACGGUUGUACCUAAUGAUACAACAGUAGCUCAUGCAGGGAAAUUGACAUUUCAAAAAAGUGUUGUGCUCAGUAAGGUCAUUGCUGAUAGGGAUCAACAGGAGCUCAGGCAACAGCCCUCGUUGCGCAAUGGUCUCUCUAAUUCUACGGGUAAUACCAAUGGAGAUAUUAACAACAGUAAUACUUCCAGUAAUGUGAAGACUAGUUUUUCUGCGUUGAAGGGAAAGAAGGUCGUCUUCAAGCAAUAUACCUCGAAGAAUGAAAAUAAAGGAUCGACGAUAGACAACAUUACAAAUGUAAACAAGGCAGGUGCUGAGUUAAAGGAAAAGGGAAAUUUAAACGGAGCAAAUAAAGGACGAAUAAUCAGCAAGACAAACAACAUUAUUAACAAAAACGUCAGUAGUAACAACAAUGGCAAUAUUUCAAUCAGUAGUAAUAGUGAUAAUGAAAAAGAAGCGCAAAAAAAUAAAAUGAACAUAGAAGGUACUAACAAUACAUCCUCUGUUAGAAGUUUAAUAAAAAAUUUAACCAAAAAACUUGAGACAAGUAAAGUGAAAAAUACGACUGCUGAUAUUAAUGAUACUCCUCCAACUACUUUAGCACAAUACCAGAAAAAAGUACAAAAUUUAGUGCAUACAAAGGGGAAUAAUGUCGAAUCAGUAAAAUCAAAUUUAGAAAAAAUAAAUAAGUCAAAUGAUGAAAACAAAUUUAAUUUAAAAAAUAAAGAAUUAAUCAAAAAGAGUGCUAAUAUUUUGAAGGAUGGAACAAUGAAAAUUAAACUCCCAUUUAACGGAAAAAAGGAGCUCCCAAAAAUUGAGCUAGCAAAAAUGAAAAUUGCUAAAACGGAACUAGCUAAAAAACCAUUUGAUGUAGGAGAACCAAACAAUGUAGAGAGCAGUAAAUCAAAUAAUGCUAAUAAGAACAUGAACAACUCGGAAGUAGUCAACCUAAAUGAGGGACUUUCAUCAAAUAAUAGUAAAAUAAGACCUCUCAUAAAAAUAAAAAUUGAACCGAAGAAAGAAAACUUAAAAAAAAUAUUUAACAAAAUGUUUAUAAAAACACCUCUACCUACAACGAAAGAGGUAAACAAGGAUAAUAUAAAUGUUAAAAAUAAUGACAGCAAGGCAGUUUUAAAUGACGAAAUGAAAAAAGAGAAAAGACCUGCACUUGAAAAAGAAUCAUACAAAUCGGAAAAUAGUAUUGAAGAGAAAACAACUAUUAAAGCCAAGAUGUUAUCCCUUUUCAAAUUAAAGCCAUCUACAAAAAAAGAGGCCAUCCCUGAGAAAGAAGCUCAAACAGGAUCAAAACAGAUAGGCAUUGCACCCAAACUUUUGAAGAAGCCAAUACCUACGGCAGACUCGUCGCCCCUGCAGACAAAAGCCAGCGAAGAGAAUAGCACUUUGAAGUCCAUUUUCGAAAAAACCAAUAAGAGUACCGUGUUCAUUGACAAAAAUAAGGUGAAUGUAAAAUUAACAAAAAAAAUAGAAAUCAAGAAGGAAAUUAAAAAAUUUGUUCCAAAGCUUAAAAAUGCUUAA